AACGGACGGGCCCGUUCUACUUCCUUUUUCGUAACAUAAACCCGGACUUUAUUUGAACUAUGCUUAUCUAUGCACUCCACUCUUAUCUACGUAUAAAUACUUGGUCGUGCCUAGAAUUACGCCAGUCUUUCUUACCUUUUCCCCCCGAAUCGAGGUGUCUUCAACCCGGUCCUUGAUUCGUCCUUGUGUGCCGCUACUGACUAUCAUCGCUAACGUCACAUAUUUUUGACCUCAGAACAAGAAACCUCGCUUAAUCGACUCCUGAAUCGACGGGCCUAACCCCAGGAAAGCGCUGGACUGAUCACCCGGUUCUCUCUUGGCUUCGCCCCGUCACCCUACAGACUCUGCUUCGUUUACUACCUCUUUCUGCACUCGACCUUCUGCUUUCUUCUUUUCUCUCUCGAAUCACUAGACAUUAAUGUCUCGUUAUCAGCUACGUAGCCGGGGUCCCUUGACGACCCCAGUGCCUCCGGCCCCUAAUGUCGCUGCUCAGGUGCAGCAGACUGAACAUGAUGAGUCCCCUUUGACUAGCUCCAGGGAUACUGACUCUUCCAGAAGAAACCUGGCUAUGCUCGAGGAUCGCUCCGCGAGCCUGAGUAUUCGCACUGCCCUGCCACGACGUCGUGCUGCCAGCGACGCCGGGGUUAUGCCGAAACCCUCUCACCUUCGUGGGAGUGGUGGACGUACUUCUGCUUCAUUGGAGUACGAAGAUGCUGUGGAGUUCUCUCUCUAUACAGCUGAACGUGAUGACCAAGCUGGUCAAGCGUAUGACACGAGUUAUGACUCGAUGCCAGGGGAAUGGCCGGAUGGCAAUCCCGAAGAUGGCCUGCCCGACGACCGAUCUGAGGGUCAGAACACGGCGCAUGGCCUUGAACAUGAGGGUAGACGUACCUUACAUGUAGAUGAAACUAGUAUUGCUAGU